AUGCGGAUCCUCGGUGGACGGAGGCUGCUGUGGAGCGGCCUGGUGUCGCUAGUGCUGGUCCAAAGUGUUUUCGCAGCUUCAUGCAAAACGGGCUGUCCAGCACCUAACAAAUCGAGCAAGUACAACUUCAAACCCGGCACCGUGUACCAGUAUGACGUGGACAGCUUCGUGCAGAUUCAACAGUCGGAACGGUCGGAUAACAAGCAGACCACGUUGAAGGUGGAAGGCAAGGUAGAAGUUUACGCCGGAAACAACUGCCAGUACACGCUGAAGGUGGUCUCGUUGACCUCGUACGCCCCGGACGGCAAGAAAACGGCGUUCGGGCCCGAAAUCAGCAAGCCAGUUCAGUUCACACUGUCGAACGAUGAGCUGCUGUCGGAAAUUUGUACUGAGACCGGCGACACCGAUUUCUCGGUGAACGUUAAGCGAGGUCUGAUCUCGCUGUUCCAAUCGGCACAGGACAAGAGCACUGAAACCGAUGUUUUCGGCGUGUGUCAGACGUCCUUCUCGAGCUAUCCCUCGGGAGGUGCGACCGUUGUUGAGAAGGUGCGCGACUUGGGCAACUGCGCCUAUCGUGAAUCGCUUUCCAACAGCUUCGUCACGCGUAUCGUCAACAACAAGGCCGGUAUCAAGACCACGCCGCUGCUGCAGAGCUCCUACAGCAGCCAGCAAACCUUCCAGGGUAACAUGCUUUCUUCGGUCAAGCUUAGCGAGGAGUACCAGUACAUGCCGUACCUGAAGGACAAGGUCGGUGUAACGGCAAAGGUAACAACGAAGCUGACGCUUUCGGGCAACAAGGCCGGAGCUGCACCCGCCCUGGGUGGCGCUUCCGAACCGCGUUCCAUCAUCUUCGAAAAUCCCGACCAGCAGCCAGCCGGCAAUCUGGCCACCAUCAAGCAGGAACUGAAAUCGACCGUCGAAUCGUACACCAAUGGCAACGUGGGUAAGAAAACCGCCAAUAUGUUCGUGGAGCUGAUUCAGCUGAUGCGCUACUCCAAGAAGGAAGACCUGUUGACGCUGUACAACCAGGUUAAGGCUGGCAGCGUACACUCGAACAAAUCGCUGGCCCGCAAGGUCUACCUGGACUCGCUGUAUCGCGUCGGAACUGGUGAUGCCGUCGAAGCUAUCACGCAGCUGUACAAGAACAAGGAAAUCACGGAUGCGCAGGAGCAGAAGCUAGCGUUCGUGUCGCUCAACUUGGUCAACUCGAUGACGCACGAUGCGCUGAAGGCCGUCAACAAGCUGCUGGACGGAAACCCUCCACGCGAGGCGUACCUGAGCGUGGGCUCGUUGGUCAGCAAGUACUGCCAAAAGCACGGCUGCCAGUCGGCGGAUGUGAAAGAAAUCUCGAACAAAUUCGCUGCCAAGCUCGGCAAGUGUCAGGCGACCACGCGCGCUCAGGAAGACGUCAUUGUCGCAGUACUGAAGGGUGUCCGCAACUCGGACAAUCUCGUUGCACCGUUGCUCGAUAAGGUCGUGCAGUGCUCCGGACCUGAGGCAUCGUCGCGUGUUCGCGUGGCGGCCCUACAGGCCUUCCCGGCUGCUUCCUGCAACAAAAAGGUCGUCAAUUCGGCUCUCACCACGCUGAAGGACGUGAACGAAGAUUCGGAAAUUCGUAUCCACGCUUAUCUGUCGCUCGUUGAGUGUCCCUCGGCCAACGUUGCCAACGAGCUGAAGGCUUUGCUGGACGCCGAGAAGGUGUACCAGGUGGGUUCAUUCAUCACCUCUCACCUGGCUAGCCUGCGCGCCUCGGUCGAUCCGACGCGUGAGGCUGCACGGCAGCACUUUGGCAAGUUGCGCACCUCCAACAAGUUCCCCUUCGAUGUCCGUCGGUACUCGUUCAACCGCGAGUUCUCGUACGCCGUUGAAUCGCUAGGUGUUGGCGCCAGUGCCGAAACGAGCGUGAUUUACUCGCAGAAGAGUUUCCUCCCGAAAUCGGUCGGACUGAACUUUACGGCUGAGCUGUUUGGCAAUGGACUGAACGUGUUUGAGCUCGAGGGACGCCAGGACAACCUGGAGCGGUUGGUGGAGCAUUACUUUGGACCGAAGGGAUUCUUCUCCGGCUUGGAUCUGCAAUCGGCGUACGAUCUUGUCGCCAAGCACUACCAGAAACUGUCCGACAAGGCGAAGGAACGCUUCCGUCGUGGCAUUCGUGACGACAUUCGUGCGCUCGCGCGCAACGUCGAUCUGCACAACGACGUGCUGCAGGACUUCAACCUCGAUCUGACGGUGAAGGUGUUCGGAUCGGAGCUGUUCUUCUUGAGCACCGGCGAAAACGUUCCGACCGAUCCGGAGCAGUUCCUCGACAAGGCGCUGGAGUGCUUCGAUAAGAUGGUGGAGGGUGCGAAGAAGUUCGAGCGCACGUUUGAGCAUCACGCACUGUUCUUGGACACCGACCUCGUGUACACCACUGCUCUCGGUCUGCCACUGAAACUGUCGGCCCAGGGUGCCGGUGUAGCCCGUCUGGACACCGCCCUUGAGCUGGACUUCAAGAACCUGAUCAAGGACUACAGCAACGCCAAGUUCAACGUCAAGCUCCAGCCAAGCGGUAGCUUCGAAGUCACCGGAACUCUGAGCGUGGAUGCGUUUAACGUGCUGACCGGAAUGCAGGUGGCCGUAUCGGGCCAUACGUCCAGCGGAGCGGCCGUUAAGUUUGCUCUGCACGAUGCCACUGCUUACGAUCUGACGAUUGAUUCGCUGCAGAGCAAGCAGGAGCUCGUAUCCGUGAACUUCCGCGAAGUCAUCAUCACGCGCGAACGCGGCAACCAACUGAUCACUCUUCCGGCCAAACGACAGGAGUUUGGUUCCAAGUUCAGCGAGUGCUUCGACAACCUGUACAGCUUGAUCGGUGUGACCGUGUGCGCUGCACACAAGAUCGACCAGGAGGAGCUGUUCGAGGUGUACCUGGAAGUGGAACCGAAGUACCAUUUCUCUGGUAAAUUCAACCAAGGCCGUGAAAUAUCGCUGGUGUUGACUUUCGACACCCCCGGCUCGCAAACGAAACGUCUGACGAACCUGCGGUUUGAAGCUGUGACCGCUGAGGCGUUGUACGUGAAGGUAACGCUCGAAUCGCCGAUCCGUAACCUCGACUUCAAGCUGGGCCUGAAUAACAACGACAAAGAGGUCGCUCUUUACGCGCUGGCCCACAACGGUGUGGAGGAGUACCUGGCCAAGGUAGGAUUCGAGAAGGGCGCCUCCGGUGGAAACGAUGAGUACGUGCCGAUCUUCACUAUCCGCUCGCCGAGCGGUGACGCACAGGUAUCUAAGCUGGUUCAGACGACCGGAAAGAUUGUUGUCGAGAAUUUGGAUGGCGGCAAGCGCAAGUACAACCUGCAAAACAUCGAGUGGAGCAGUCCGUACGCCCCGAAAACGACCAUCAACGGGCACGUGGUGGCGAACAAUCAUCGCAGCUACGACGCGAACGUCGAUCUCACCGUAGGUGACGUGAAGAACAACGUCGUGGGUCACCUGGACUUCGAUCUGAAACACCUUCAGCUGGAUCUCGAGAAGAAGACCCCGAGCGAUGCCAACAAGAACUUCAAGGUUAACGUGAACGUGGCGUACACGGAAAAUUCAUUCAAGAACCUGUUCUCGUUCGCGAGCGGCAAAGACUUCAACAACCCCUCGAACAAGUACGAGUUCAGCCAGUUCGCUGAGUUCGCGCUUAACCCGGAAUCGCAACGCUUGGAGUCACUCAAGCUGAACAACAAACUGCAGCUACCAAAACAGCUGAUCCGCCUGGACUUUGCGACGAAUAAGAAUAAGUUCUUCCUGGAUGGUGAGUACGGUUACGACAAGUACAAGAUCGCGGCUAACGUCGAUGCCAAGUACAACGAGAAGUCAGCGGGCGAUUACGAUGUGCAGCUGGGCGGUUCGCUCAACAAGCACUUCUUCAAGUUGACGUCCAAGCGCAUCGUCGAGCAGAACAAGAGCCGCUUCAGCAACAAACUAACGGCCAGCACUGGCACCAAGUUUGAGUUGAACGGAGCCGUCUCGAACCGCUUCACCAGCCAGGAUGGUGAGCUCAACCUGGAAGGCUCUCUGGUUGCCGUUGAGAAAGCUUCACCUUACAAGCUUUCAUUAACAGUGCAGUUCUCCGCCGCGAACGUCCUCUCCAACGCCAAGGUGCUGGUGGAUAAGGAAGAGUUCGCCACGUACGAUGUCAAGCUCGAGCGCGGACAGGACCCGAAUGGAAAGUUUACGUUUGUGGUGAAGGAUUUCUUCAACGGAAACGGUGAGCUCAAGUCCAACAAGGGCCAGGGCGAGCUGUUCGCCGUGGCCAGCUUCGUGAAGCAGGACCGCAAGGUUAAGCUGGACAGCAAGUUCAAGGUCAGCGCACCGGUAUACGAUGUAGCGGUCGACUUCUACUACGAUUUUGAAAAGGACAACAGCAAGAAGGUGCACUUCGAAACGAAGAACAAAGCCACCCAGUCCAGCUUCGACAGCAAGAACAAGCUCGAGGUGUUCUCGGAAAAGUACGAGCUGAACAUGCAGGCCCAGGGCAGCCCGAAACCGGUCGAUGGAACGUUUACCACCAAGUUCAACCUGGUACUGCCAACAGGCCGCCAGCUCGGAGGUGACUUCAAGAGUGAAGUUUCCACAAAGGACGAAAAGAAAUCGGGCAACAUGGUGACGAACCUGUUCGACAAGCAACCGGGUGGCAAGCAGCGCUCGGUGCAAUGGACUGCCGAGCUGAAGGAUGGCAAUUUCAAGGCGAAGCUCUUUGAAGCCGUGCACAACGUGAAGUACACCGAUCUGGACGGUCAAACCGUGGUGCUAGACGUGGGAGUGAAGCAUGUCCCGGCGGGAAGUUACAAGGCGGCCGCUGGUAGCUUGAAGGUUUCCGGUAGUCUGCUUCCGCAGGAGGCCGAGCUCAGCGUCGUUGUCGAUGAGUACUGCGAACAUCACGCGAAGUACCACGUCAGUGGCAAGUAUGGUGCGGACUUCACAACGGCACUUGUGGGCGGAUAUCACGUCGGAGGCCACGGUAAACCGGCUAGCCACGAGCUGAAGGUGGACGUGACCGCACCGGGUUACAAGCUGGGCGCGGUGUCCAACGGAAAGUACACGCAGCCAGAGACCGACGACGGAGUUUACGAUUUCGAGUACACCGGUUCGGUCGAUUACAACGGUCAGAGUGCGUCAGUGUCCACGCAGGCGAAGGGCAAUUGCAACCGCGGAAACGGCAAACUCAGCUUGAACCUCCCGAAUGUGGAUCCGAUUGCGGCCGAAGGAUCGUACACCUACGAUGGCAAGGAUGAUUCAUCGUUCUCCACGAAUGGGGGACUGAAGGUGUCGUACGGAGCGGGAAAACAUUUCGAGUACACCGGCUCGGGCAAGUUCAAUUCGCCGGAUGAUGUGCAGGUGCACGUCACCCUGAAGUCGGAGUUCGAGAACGUGCGCAAUGUAGACGUUACCUUCAAGCACGCCAAAUCUAGCGACAGUGCGUACAACACCAAAAUGCAGCUGACGGCCGAUGGCAAGAAGUUCAGCGUCGAGAAUGCCGUUGUCCUGUCGGAGAUGAACCCGUCGGUUGACUUCACGCUCGACUACCCUGGCAACACGGUGAAGGUGUACGGCAGCUACAAGACGCUCGGACACAGCGCGUUCAAGGCCGAAACCAAGGUGCAGAACCUGGGUAGCUUCGACAUGGAGGCCAACGUGGAGGCCAACUUCGACAGCUACCAGACCUUCUACGUCAAGCUGUACGGUGAUGCGCCGAAGCUUAACACGAACAAGUUCUCGGUUGAGGUGAACGCCAAGCCGGGCUCGAACGGAAAGGGCGUCAACUUCCGCGCCUCCGAAGGCGGCAAGGACAUUCUGAGCGGAUACGCUGACUACUCGGUGAAGGAGCAGGGCAAGGCGACCGUCAUCGAGGGCCAGGGCAACGUGAAGCUUUACGACAAGCAGCAGACCGCAACGUUCAAGCUGAUCCGCGAGAAGCUGUCCGAGUCCGGUGUCUCAGCCUCGCUAACUGCAUCUGUCGGCAAGUACUCGGCUCACCAUGAGGCGCGCGUCCAGCCGAACGAAUUCAGCAUGAAGACCAGCGUGUGUGAUGAGAAGAAAAAGUGCACCAAGCUGGAGCUCCUGUCCAAGCUCGAACGCGGGGCUAGCUCGUUCAGCCACAAUGCUGUCGUCUCGGUUGAGGUGCAGCAGAUGGGCUACGAGCACGAGUUCGGUCUGUCCGCCAAGACCAGCGCCAAUGGACUGAAGUUCGAUCACACCACGGAUAUGUACCUGAAGGAGAAGAAGCAGCCCAAGUACCAGUACCUGUUCUACGUGCACCCGACAUCUGCUGGCGCAAGUCUCAUUCUACCCACACGCACCAUCGCCUUGGAGAGUUCGUUGAAUCUGCCCAAGGACAAGUUCGGUCCGUUCGACGGUAGCGUAUCGUUCUAUCUGGACAAGAAGAAUGAACCGGAGAAUAAGGCUACGUUUGCAUUGCGCGGAGAGACCAAGCUGCUUGGUUCGACCGGUGUCAGUGCCAAUGCCGGCCUGACGUUCUCGCACCCAACCAUCAAGGCCCUGGCGAUCCGUGCCAAGGGCGCGCUGGAUGGUGACAAGCACACCGCGGACGGGUCGGUCGAAUUCGACAUCUUCAAGAAGGCCGGCGAUAAGAUCGUGGCCAAGGUGAGCUACUCCAACAGUGACAAAUCGUUCAAGGGCUUCAACAUCACCUCGGAAGCGAGCGUGAGCAGCAAGGGAUUGGGACUGAACUGUGGCUUUAGUGGUCAUUCGGCGAUGUCCCUCGCCACGCGUCAAGCCAGCGCCGCCGGAUCUCUGACACUGCCCUUCGAGGGAUACACGUUCGGGUCGUACUUCUUCGGAAGCCCGGAAUCGUUCGACUUCAUGGUAACCAGAUUCGGUGAAGAUUUCGUCCGAGCACAAGGCACUUUCGAUACCAAGAAGUACACCGGAGACGUUUCGACGACGUUCAAGUUCGUGCCCACCAGACCUGUGGUGUUCCAUACGCAGAUGAGCGGACUCUCGUCCGCCAAAUUCUCCUUCAAGCAGGGCCAGUUCUUCAGCGCCGACGGUACGUUCGGUGUGGACAAGGCGUUGGUGCUGAAUGUCGUUGGCGAAGGAAAACCACUGCUCAACGCUAAGGUCACCCUGGACGCUAGCCACUUCCUGUCGACGGAGUACAAGGUCGAUGAAGCGAACGCGAAGUCAUUCUUGCAAGCGCUCAACAAGCAGCUGCAGAGCGACUUCACCGUGGUCAAGGAUGAUAUUACCCAACGGUAUGCUAAGCUUACGCAGGAUGUUUCCACGCUUGCGUCGAAUGUCAUGAACGCGCUGCCUGACUUCGGAAAGUUCCAGGAAAGCUACGCCAAGCAGCUGCAGAAGCUGCAGGAGGACAUCAUGAGCGAUCCGGCGCUGGCCGAGUUCGUGAGGGUGGUCUCCCAGGCGUUCCAGCACGUGAGCGAAAUCUUCGGUCAACUGUCACAGGUGUACGUGGAUAGCGUGCGGCAAAUUUCAGCCAUCCUCAACGACAUGGGAGCACAAUUCAUAGAAAUGUUCAACACAAAGCUGCUGCCGGCUCUGAAGGAUCUUUCGACCAAGGUUGAGGCUGCCUUCUUCAACAUCUACGAAGAAACCGUCAAGAUGGUGGUCGCCGUUUUCGAGCGCACCGUCAAGGCGCUGAAGGUGUUCGAAGAGGACUUCAACAAGAUCGCCACCAACGUAUCCGAGCUGUUCCGCACGUUCGCCCAGACAUUUAACAAGGCCAUCCAGGUGCUCGAGAAGGAGUUCAAGGAGCUGUACAAACUGGUUCAGGACUAUUUCGAAUCGUUCGAUGAGUUCAGGGCGGUCAAGGAGAUGUUCCGCGAGUACUUCGACGGAUUCGAUCGCUACGCCUACCAGCUGCUGAAGGAGUUGCUAAGCCUUGUGGAGGCCGUCUACCCGAUGCCCGAGGUGCAGGAGUUCACGGCUGCCAUCAACAAGUACGUCUCGAACAAGCUCGAGAACAAGCCGGUCAACGAUGUCGAAGAGCUGAAGGCCCUGUUCGUGAGCUUCGUGAAGGUGCUGAACCACGCCGUGGAGCGACUCAUUGCGGGCGUGAACGUACAGCUAUCGGAGCCGACCUUCGGCAGCGAAAGCCUUACCUCGUUCGUAACCUUCAAGUUCCUGCCGUACGUCUCCAGCAUUCAGUUCAGCCCGUGGAACUUCGUGCGCAACGAAAAGUUCUAUUCGCUCCGCGAUCUGGUCCACCAACUGCGCUUGUACGUGUUCAGUCCGUUCGCCCGCGUCCCGGUGUUCCACAUGCACGGUCAGCUAAGCGACGGAGGUCACUUCUUUACGUUCGACGACAAACACUUCACCUUCCCGGGCAGCUGCUCGUACCUGCUGGCGUCUGACUUUGUCGACGGAAACUUCAGCAUCGUGGCCGACAUGGACAAGGGCCACUUGAAGUCGAUCACGCUGGUGGACAAGGACUCGACGGUUGAGCUCAACAGCAAGGCCGUGGUGAAGUAUAACGGCAAGGAAACCGAUCUGCCCAUCCACCAAAAGGACGUGUACGUGUUCCGCAAGUACUACACGGUCACCGUUGGCACCAAGUACGGUGCACAGGUCAUGUGUACAACAGACCUGAAGAUGUGCCACUUCUUCGUAUCAGAGUUCUACUUCGGCCGGCUCCGCGGUUUGCUCGGCAACGGCAACUACGAGCCGUUCGAUGACCUGGCGCUACCGAAUGGUAAGAUCGCUGAGGUUUCUACCGAUUUCGCAAACUCCUACAAGACGAGCCUGGCAUGUGCCGCCGUUGGUGAUCACGGUCACGACUCACACGGCCACGCCAACCCGACCUGUGCCAAGUUCUUCGGUUCCGAAUCCUCGCUGAAGCUGUGCUCGUACCUGCGCGAUCAGACCAACUACAAGGAGGCCUGCAACCACGCGGCCCACGACGCCGGUGACAAGGCGGACGAAGCUGCCUGCGCUAUUGCCCGGUUGUACGUGUCCGGCUGCACGCUGUACGGCAUCCCGACCAUAAUGCCGACCCAGUGUGAGAAGUGUUCCACCGACGAGGGACGCUCGGUCGAUGCAGGUGACUACUUCUCGGUGAAGGCUCCGCAGAAGAAGGCCGACGUUGUUGUGGUGGUGGACACGAGCCUCGGACCACUGCUCGGGGAGCUGGUACAGGGCACGAUCAACGAUAUGCGCAAGGAGUUCAAGGCCGUCGGUAUCAGCGAUGUGCAUGUCGCUGUUAUCGGUUACAGCAAGACGAACAAAUACACCAGCCUUUUCUCGAACGGUGGCAAGCUGGACUACACCGGAAAGCUUGGUCAGGCUGAUGUUACUAGUGGUCCAAAGCAGUGCCGCGGAUUGGUUACGGGUGUCGAAUCCGUCGACGCCGUCCUCGGUGCGCUGUUUAAGAUGGGCGAACAAACGAGAGAAAGUCUGGGAGCAACCACUGAGGUAUACGCUCUACGCCGUGCCUUCACCUAUCCGUUCCGUGCCACAGCCAGCAAAUCCGUGUUAGUUGUGCGAGCGGAAUCGUUCGACGUUUCCGAACCGGGAAGCGCUCUCGGAGCAGCUUUGGGAUUGGCCAACGUCAAGGCUCGUGGCAUCAUGUUCAACAUGGUGGCGCCUUUGAAGAGCGUCGGACUGACAAACACCAAGGACCUGGCGAAGGUCAAAUCCAUUGUUGGCUUCAACGAACGGGUCGUCUACCACAUGAACGACAAGAAACGUACCCUUGGCUCAAGCGAGAUGAAGAAAUCGCUCAAGUACGACGAUGUAGUGGCCGUUUCCACCGUCGAGCGGACCGGAGGCAACUUCUUCGUACUGCAGAACUACUCCCAGCAGAAGGGAGCGAAGGAGAAGAAGCAGUUCAUCUCGAUCAUGGCUGCCGUGCUCGCCGAUCAGCUAUCGCGAACGGAAACCACCAACGACUGCUUCUGCACGCUGCGCGGUGGUCUACAUCCCGAACCGAUCUGCACCGUCACCGACGUUCAAUUGCUUGCGGCAUCGAAAAAGGCCGGCGGAGCUAAGGGAUAAACCGACCCUCCAGCAACAUCCGUAGCGGUUAUUUAUUGUGUAAAGAGCGUCGAGUUCCAAACAGCAGGACAACCAAAAGCUAUGCGUGGGGUGCCCUUUUCGCAUAAGACACAUCUGCAAGUCACAGAUAAGUGAGGGAGAGAUAAAAAAGGAGCACAAGGAGACAAGAAGACGCUCAUUUUCUAACAUACUGUUUUUCUUGUUGCUAUCGUGAACUAUUUCUUUUUAAUAAAUAGAGUGACUUUACA